GAAGCGAGCGGGUCGAGUCAUCCACAGCCCCAGCCAGCUCCAGCCAGGCUUUAGACUCUCUUAGACGCGACACUCAAGUACAGCCAAGCACAGCGACAGCCAUGGGAGGAAUUCUACAGAAGAUGCUGCAGGCCUUCUACACGAAGAAGCUCGAGGUGGUGCUCGUGGGUCUCGAGAACAGUGGCAAGACGACGCUGCUGAACGUCAUGGCCAUGGGCCACCCCGUGGAGACGUGCCCGACCAUCGGUCUCAACGUGAAGCUAGUGAAGAAGGGAGGCGUACAGAUGAAGUGCUGGGAUAUCGGCGGGCAGGCACAGUACCGGAGCGAGUGGGGCCGCUACACGCGCGGCUGUGACGUCAUUAUAUAUGUGGUGGACGCCAACGCGUUCGACCAAAUCUCCCUGGCGCGGAAGGAGCUGCACCGCCUACUAGAGGACCGUGAGCUGGCGACGACGCCGCUGCUGGUGCUGGCCAACAAGAUCGAUCUGGAGCCUCAUAUCUCCGAGCCCGAGCUCAUCCGCGAGCUGAACCUGGACUACAUCGUGGACAACCCGUGGCUGGUGAUCCCCAUCUCUGCGCUGCGCCUCGUCAACAUCGACCAGGUCAUCCAGUGGCUCAUGAAGCAGUCGGGCAAGGGCUAAGCUAGGGAAGCGUCUCUGGGUCGAGUCAGGUGUGAGUGGCGAUAGGCUCGGAUUCCACAUCGAGAUUCAGCUUACCAGCGCCCCUCACAAGCGAAAGGUUUAUGAAGAAGACGUAGCAGCAGAAGUGAAUAUGCAGACAGCCCAAAGGGGGUUUCAGCCGACAGGGAAGCAAGACGAAGACGUGCAGGACAAACCAAGUCAGACAAGUUUCAAUCGCCCCGUACGUCGGCUCGACCUCGGAGGAAGGAAGCAUUCUGUAGAGCGCAGUGCAGUGCAGUUGACUCUUUUCUCAUGGACUGUGUAAUGUGCAUUUUUGCUUAAG